AUGAAGAACCUACCUUACUACGACCGCGAUGUGGACUUUGAUGACUUGGCCAAACGCGAUCCUGACUUCGCCAUCAUCUCGCAGCACGGCAAGCGCGAUGGCUUCAUCAAUUUCCAAGAUACAAAGAUAGUGCAGCAACUCACCAAGAGCUUGCUCAAGACCGACUUCAAUCUCUCAAUACAGCUGCCGGACGACAAGCUCUGCCCGCCCGUGCCAGUUCGAUGGAACUAUGUCCACUGGAUACAAGAACUUCUCGACACGACCAACGAAGAGUACAGAGAAGCCGUCGAUCCGGAUCGUGAGGUCCUCGGCCUGGAUAUUGGAGUCGGCGCAUCAUGCAUCUACGCCCUACUUGCCUGCUCCACGCGUGAAAACUGGCGAAUGGCAGGGACGGACAUCAACGCGGAGUCUCUCGCAUGGGCACAGAAGAACAAUCAAGGCAACGGCCUGAAGUCGCGGAUUAAGCUCAAGCAAGUCGACAACGAUGGCUCUAUCCUCCCUCUCGAUUCUCUGAAGAUAGAAGAGCUUGACUUCGUCAUGACCAACCCACCCUUCUACAGCUCUCAAUCUGAUUUCGAAUCAGCCGCAAAGCUCUCGGAGGACGGCAAAGAAGCACCAUCAGCAGUUCUUACCGGCGCCUCGAACGAAAUGAUAUGUCCUGGAGGCGAUGUCGGGUUCGUGACUCGAAUCCUGAACGAAAGUCUCCGCCUGCGCGAGAGAGUGCAAUGGUACACGGCUAUGCUCAGCAAACUUUCAUCAUUGCAGCAGAUCAUCACCAAGCUGAAGGAGCAUGAUAUCAACAAUUUUGCGGUUACCUCGCUUCAUCCUGGGCACCGGACCAAGCGAUAUGCGGUGGCAUGGAGUUUUGGCGAUUUGAGGCCGAGGAACGAUGUAGCGAGGCACGGGGAGUUGGUGCUGAGUGUGUUGCCACAACUUACUGCUCAAACUGUCAAAGUACCUGGAGCAGAUGUGAAGGCGUGUGGAAAGAGAGUCAACGAGGUGAUGCAAGGCCUUGAAGUCAAGUGGCAAUGGAGAGCGUUGCUUGAUGCGGGCGUCGUGGAGAGUAUCGGGAACGUGUGGAGUCGAGCUGCAAGGAGAAAGAGGAAGAUAGGUUCGUCCGAUAACGAUGCUACCAAGAUGGCUACUGAUGAGAAGGAGAGGGACAGCGAAGAAGAGCACCUCGUCGCUCUUGCGGUGAAGAUCAGCUGCAAAGAUCAGCAGAUCGAAGUUCGAUGGCUGAGGGGACAUGAGUGGGCGCUGUUUGAGAGCUUUUGCGGCAUGCUCAAGCGUUCGCUUUCUGACCGUAAGUAG